GCCCCGCAGGCCCCGCCCCCGAGACUUGUGCCGCGCCGCCGCCCGCGCGGAGCCACACUGCAAAGCCCUGCUGUUCGCGCCUUGAGAUUGACCGUCCGCGUUGGUCCUGCUCGCCCGACGCGCCCUCCUCCAGCAGAUACACACAGCCGCACGCACUCUCGUGUUCUCCCUGAGGCUUGGACACAUAGUAUGACCAUUAGGUGUUUCGUCUCCCACCCAUUUUCUAUGGAAAACCAAGGGGAUCAGGCCAUGAUAGCCACUGGCAGCUUUGAAGAACGGGACACCUUUAGAGAAGCUUGAUCUUGGAGGCCUCACCGUGAGACCUUACAAAGCCAGUUCCAGACCCGUGGAAACCAUUCCUGCCUAGACAUCCAGAAGAUAAGCGUGUGGGUCUGUGCCUGUCGGGUCUUAGUCUGGGUGAAACUUUCUCCACUUCUGUCAGCUCUCCAGAUGAAUCACAGAAGCAGGAACAUGGGCAUCAUCAGUGAAACCUCUGCAUCCAGCAGACAGAGGGCUGGUCCAGUGGCUGUUUAUGAGGCAGCGCUAGGAGAGCUCUGAUCCAGACUCUCCCUGUAUUGAAAGGGAGGGAGCCCUUCGUGAAGUAUUGACUGCUUGAGCAGGAAUUGCUUCACCAGUGCCUAAUUGAGUGCCUCUCGAGCUCACAUCUAUUUUCCCUCAUGAGGCCACUUGGAGUCUUGCUGAGGGACUUGGUGCUAUUAGGGAAGCUGGGGUUGGGGAUGGUGAGCAGGGAGGGCCUAGGGACAUCGUGGCUAAUGGGGCUUUUCUCCUCUUGGCUUAGAUUCCGGCAGAGUUCCUCUAUCUCGUCUUGUUACUGAUUAAAGGUGCCCCGUCUCCAGUGUUUCUCCAUCUCCUGGGAGGUAGCAGGAAAUCAGCAUCAUGGUUGGGUUCAAGGCCACAGAUAUCCCCCCUACUGCCACUGUGAAGUUUCUUGGGGCUGGUACAGCUGCCUGCAUCGCAGAUCUCAUCACCUUUCCUCUGGAUACUGCUAAAGUCCGGUUACAGAUCCAAGGAGAAAGUCAGGGGCCAGUGCGCGCUACAGCCGGUGCCCAGUACCGCGGUGUGCUGGGCACCAUUCUGACCAUGGUGCGUACCGAGGGCCCCCGAAGCCUCUACAAUGGACUGGUUGCCGGCCUGCAGCGUCAAAUGAGCUUUGCCUCUGUCCGCAUCGGCCUGUAUGACUCUGUCAAACAGUUCUACACCAAGGGCUCUGAGCAUGCCAGCAUUGGGAGCCGCCUCCUAGCAGGCAGCACCACAGGUGCCCUGGCUGUGGCUGUGGCCCAGCCCACGGAUGUGGUAAAGGUCCGGUUCCAAGCUCAGGCCCGGGCUGGAGGUGGUCGGAGAUACCAAAGCACCAUCGAUGCCUACAAGACCAUUGCCCGAGAGGAAGGGUUUGGGGGCCUCUGGAAAGGGACCUCUCCCAAUGUUGCUCGUAAUGCCAUUGUCAACUGUGCUGAGCUGGUGACCUAUGACCUCAUCAAGGAUGCCCUUCUGAAAGCCAACCUCAUGACAGAUGACCUCCCUUGCCACUUCACUUCCGCCUUUGGGGCAGGCUUCUGCACCACUGUCAUCGCCUCCCCUGUAGACGUGGUCAAGACGAGAUACAUGAACUCUGCGCUGGGCCAGUACAGCAGCGCUGGCCACUGUGCCCUCACCAUGCUCCAGAAGGAGGGACCCCGAGCCUUCUACAAAGGGUUCAUGCCUUCCUUUCUCCGCUUGGGUUCCUGGAACGUGGUGAUGUUCGUCACCUAUGAGCAGCUGAAACGGGCCCUCAUGGCCGCCUGCACUUCCCGAGAGGCUCCCUUCUGAGCCUCUCCUGCUGCUGACCUGAUCACCUCUGGCUUUGGCUCUAGCCGGGCCAUGCUUUCCUUUUCUUCCUUCUUUCCCUUCCCUCCUUCCCUCUUUCCCCGCCUCUCUCUUCCGCGCCUUUACCCACCACCUUCCCUCUCUCCACAUUGUCAUCUCCUCAUUGUCUCUCAGUGCUGGUGGAGUUGACAUUUGACAGUGUGGGAGGCCUGGUACCAGCCAGGAUCCCAAGCCUCCCGUCCCUUGGAACAUUCAGCCAGAAUCUUCGUCCUGCCCCCCGCAGCCCACCCUAGCCCACUUGUCACCCAUAAAGCAAGCUCAACCUUGG